UCACGCUACAUCUCGCAAUUUUUUUUUUUUUAAAUUGCACGAUAACUCUUUCAUAAGUUGACCUUGGUUUCCUGGUUUUCACUGAUUAAGGAGCUCCCAAAUAAUUGUUCGUUUCAGGAUUAAAUUCUUCGAUCGCUCAGGGAGACUUCUUGUAAGCUAUGAGCGACAGUAUAAAGCAAUCUCCGUCAAAUGGUUGUGAGAAGCCCUUCUCAUCUGAAGAGCAGCAAGCUAAGAUUAAUGAGGUGAGGAAGUUGCUGGGGCCAUUGUCUACUAGGUCAUCUAUUUAUUGCUCUGAUGCAGCAGUCUCAAGAUAUUUAACGGCACGGAAUUGGAAUGUCAAGAAGGCAACUAAAAUGUUAAAAGAAACAUUAAAAUGGAGAGCAGAAUACAAACCAGAAGAGAUUCGUUGGGAUGAGGUUGCUCGUGAAGCAGAGACAGGGAAAAUCUACAGAUCAAAUUAUGUUGACAAGUAUGGGAGAACAGUUCUUGUCAUGAGACCUGCUUGCAAGAAUUCAAAGUCGACUAAAGGACAAAUUAGAUAUUUGGUGUAUUGCAUGGAGAAUGCUAUUUCAAAUAUGCUACCAGACCAGGAACAGAUGGUCUGGCUAAUUGAUUUCCAAGGUUUCAAUUUAUCACACAUUUCAGUGAAGGUAACACGGGAAACAGCCCAUGUUUUACAAGACCGUUAUCCAGAGCGCCUUGGUCUCGCGAUACUAUACAACCCUCCCAAGUUCUUUGAACCAUUCUGGACGGUGGUAAAACCCUUUCUAGAGCCAAAGACUCAGAAUAAAGUCAAAUUUGUUUACUCAGAUGAUCUCGACUCCAAGAAAAUAAUGGAGGAGCUAUUUGACAUGGAUAAGUUGGAGUCUGCAUUUGGUGGAAAUGAUAACUCUGGUUUCAACAUCGAUAAAUAUGCCGAGAGGAUGCAGGAAGAUGACAAGAGAAUGCCCUCUUUUUGGGCAAAAGAAAAAGAAAGUCGUCCUCCAGUAGAACCCCAAUCUACCCUCACUUUAGCUGCUUCCAAUUCUUUUAACUUAAACUCUGAUUCUGAUAUUUCUGACAAAGAGAAAACAGCUGCUUCGCCAUCCGAUGAAAUAGACUCAGAAGCUGUGUCCCCAAAUGAAAUUACUGACUGUAGCAAGACUGUUGGGGGAGAAGCACAUUAGGCUAAAGAUGAAACAGCAUAAACUGGCCCUGUUUUUGGGGUAUGGUGACCAUUGAAGCUUAACAUAUUCAGUAGAAUGAGAAUUAAACAUCCUUUCUCAACUUGUAUCUUAUUAUUGUGAACAUUCAAUGCAUGAAUUUUUUAAACUUGAGUUCA